AUGAUUCGUAAGACAAUAAUCCUGCUGAGCCUAGCACUGUGUGUGCUUGGCGAUGGACAUCACGCGGUUUCAGAACAACAUAUAAAGAUACUUCACAAGGAACAUCACGGACAUCAUGGCGAGCUAUCACAUAUUGGUUCCCACAAGCCUGAGCAUCAUGAAGAAUACGCGUGGUCGUAUCCAUCAUAUGAGUUCUCAUACAGUGUGAAUGACCCUCAUACACAUGACAAGAAAGGACAACAUGAAUCUAGAGACGGAGAUGUCGUUAAGGGCGAAUACUGGCUCAUAGAACCCGACGGUCGCAAGCGCACCGUCACGUACCAUGCGGACAAACAUAGCGGUUUCAACGCUGUCGUCCACUACUCGGAUAAACAUCAUCACAUCGUUGAACAUCACGGCUUCCACGACCAUUCAAAAGAAGAACACAAGGAGGACAAAAAAGAAGACAAGAAAGAUAGCAAAGAAGAGAAGAAAAGCAGCGAGAGUAGCGAGAGUAGCGAAAGUAGUGAGAGUAGCGAAAGUAGCGAAAGUAGUGAGAGUGGCGAAAGUGGAGAGGAAGAUGGACGUGACGGUGAAGAGAGCCGAGGUAAGAGCAUGGGAAUCAUGAGCUGGGGCUAUGGCCCACGCUGGGACCAUGGCAAGGAAUACCAAUUGAAACCCAAUGCUCACAACAGACAAGGAAGCGAAUUCCGAGGCUUUGCCCCAAGGGACUACCGUGACCAGGAGGAAAGCAAGCUUUUGGAGGAGCGUCGCAAGUUCGACCAGCGACGUGGCUACCCGCAACUAAUUAAGCCGUACGCCGCCCGCAUCAAUGAUCGUUUCUACAGACAUAAUCAAGUGCGUAGAACCGACCGACGACACUAA